AGACUUAUUCAGCAAUAAGAUUUAGUUUAAGUGAGAAUUAAAAAAAAUCAACAAUGGGUAAAGGAUUCAACAAUUAUAUGACGAAGAAAUUCUUCCACCCAGGGAGUAAAGACAACAUAAAAAGGGUAUGGAUGGCACAACAGAAGACAGACUAUGAAAAACAAAAACAAGAUGAACUGCUUUCUCAGUAUCAAAAAGAACAGGAAAUGUACAAGAACAGAGCAUUACUUGGAGAUGAGAAAGCAAAACUUGGCCUGAGUUUUAUGUAUGAUGCACCCCCAGGACUGAAGAAAAAAGAGACAGAAGAAAAAGAAACUGAAGUGAAAUUUGAAUGGCAGAGAAAAUACAAUGCUCCUAGAGAACAGUACAACAAAGACGAUGAGACCAUUCGUGACCAGCCGUUUGGAAUUGAGGUCAGAAAUGUCCGCUGUAUCAAGUGCAGGAAGUGGGGCCAUGUCAAUACAGAUCGUAUCUGUCCACUGUUCAACCAGGACCUCACAGCUGAACCUCCUCAACCCUCUACCAGUGCCUCUUCAUUACUGGAGGGAAUGCAGAGUGAAGGCUUAACACUGAAGAAAAGCAUUCUGGGUAAAAUGGCAGAUGGUGUGGACACAGAGAAAUUCCUGGAAAGUGAGGAUGAAGACGACCCAGAAGUUCAAUUCCUCAAAUCCUUGAAUCCCAAACAGAGGAAGAAGUUACUGAAAAAAUUAAACAAACUGCAGUCUGGAAAGAAGGAAGGGAAAAUCGGCAAAGACAAGAAAAAGAAGAAAAAGAACCACAAGAAGAGGUCAAAUGUUUCAGAUGAAGAUUCUGACAGAGAAAAGAAAUCCCACAGAAGAAAGGGUUCCUCGUCCAGUUCUGAAGACUCCGGUAAUGAAAGAGGAAGACCCGAAAAAUUCAGGGAUUCACUAUCGAGGCAUUCUCCAGAAAGACGAGGUCACCCAAGGAGGGACAGGUCGUCACUAGACACAUCUCAAAACAGACGCAGGAGAAGUAGUACCUCAUCCAACAGUUCACCACAGAGAGGCAGCAAGGACAAGAGGUCACAAAGGAGGGAUUCCCGAAGGUCAACAUCUAGGGAUCAUAGUCCAGACUUACGAAAUCGACAGAGAAGGAGUAGAUCAUCCUCUUUUGAGGAAAAGAAUGAUAGGGACAGAUUAAAAAGAUCUAAUGAAGGAUGCAGAAGAGGACAUAAUGAAGGUGGUAAAAGGAGGUCAAGGUCACCAGCUUAUAAGAAUAUACAGAGAAACAGAGGAGGAGAUCAAGAAAGGAGAAGAAGGUCAAGGUCAUCAUCAUCUUCAUCAGAAAGAGAUGGAAGGUCAUAUACGGGUCACCAAAGAAAUGCUGCAAUGUCAUCAGAACAGAGACAGAGAUUGCACAGAAGAUCUAUAUCCCAGGAGCGAAGCAGAAGGGACAGUCAUAACGUGAGACAAAGAAGGUCAAAUUCCAGGGAGAGGAAUGAAAGGUCAAGGUCACGAGACAGAAGACGGCGAUAAAAUCAGAUUCAUAAAUAAUUCAUGCAAAAUCUUAACCUGUUUCUUUAAUGUACUUUUUCUGUAACAUGUGAGAAGAAAGAUCCAAGUGAAAACAAUUAUAUGCAGAGCAUGUACUUGCAGUCAUACCUGAUGAUACAGAAAUGAAGAUGAAGUGUUUUAUUUGUAUCAACUAUUUAUAUUUAACAGGUCUAACUCUCAAGUUUUGUUGGAAGAUCUCCUGAAAUCAUAUUUAAAGACCUAAAAAAUAUAUGAAGUUUUGUAUGGCAUGAUAAAUGAAUAUUUUGGAGAUUUAAAAUAAUGACUUUCAUUUGUCAGUUGAAUUAAUUUAUGUGUUUAUAUGAAAAUAAAGAUUGGUAGUUGAA